CACUUUCUUACUGGAACAUGAAUAAUUAAAAUAAUUUAAUGUCGGUAAGCCAUGACUGGCCUUACACUCCAGUACAGUAGGUGGCGGGGUAUGCACCUUAAAAGUUGGAUGCGAUCCGCCAACCCAAUCCCGAAGCAGAAGAAUAAGAAUAGUGCAACGACCAGAAGAGCAGUCCAUGGCUUCUUCAGACGUCUUUGUUGCCGCUGCUCGCAAAUGUCUACGAGUUGGAAAGAAACGCUUCUCUGCCACUGUGAGUCUGAACCUGGCUACUCAGGUCCUGGCUGUGGACUUGGGCCUGAAGCCCGCUCUGCUAUAUGACAGUAAUACAGCAUCUGCAGAGCAGGUCCAACAGUAUUUAAACUCUCUGCAGGCUGCACAACUUGUGUCUAAAUCUCUCCAGACAGUGGUUAUCAGUGAGAAUUCCUUGAUUGUGAACCCAUCCCUAACUAUAGCAAACUUGGAGGCACUUCUCUUGAGGAGGACUGUGACUGUGGUGGAUGUAUGUCACUCAUUGGAACAACCUGCCAUCACUGAGCUACAGUGGGGAGCUAUCAGGGACAUGAUUCAUGCUUUACUUGCUCAUAUUAGACAGUUUGGGCAACAUUCUGCGAUGAGAAAUGUUCCUCACCGAAUUGAAAAGAGACAUUGUGAGGCAUGGAAUCUGUGUACUCUAUUUGGGAUUCUAUUGGGCUACCCCUCCACAUACUGGUUUGACCAGAGCAGGAGCUUUGAGAACUGCCUAGCUAUGUCUCCGCUGGUGGUGACCAAGGCUGUGGCAUCCUGGCAGGGUGGUGGUUCUGGAGUUGAGGGUCACAGGUGUUGCCUGUAUUCCUUCAGCACCCCAGAGAUGUUGCAGGCAGAGAUUCUGUCAGUGAUGGCUAGCUGGACUACACAGCUUCAGGAACGAUUUCAGCAACAGACAAUCUUCUCUGACCUCAGUGUAACAAGAUCAACUGUCACCUUACCUUCUGUGGCUCUAUGAUUAUAAUGGCACUUUGUGGAUGGAUAUUGUAUGAAAAAUGUGACGGUAUUUGUAUUUUGGAUAUUGUCUGUAAAACAAUUGAUAAGCAAACAUUGAAGCAGUUGUUCCUGUUUCCAAACUGAUUUACAUAAUCAAUUUGGAAACCCAAUUUAUUUAAAAUAUAAAUGCAUUUGUGAGGGAAGUUUACACCAAUGACUACAUCAAGCUUGUGGCUACAAACUUGUUGGAUGCUUUGCAUUUUGCUUUGGUUGUGUUUCAGAUUGUUUUGCCCAAUAGGAACUGAAUGGUGAAUAAUUAAUAUUGUUUCAUUUUGGGGUCACUUAUUGUAAAUAAGAAUAUAUGUUUCAGAACACUCCUACAUGAAUGUGUAUGCUACCAUGAUUAGGAGUAAUCAUGAAUAAAUUGUAAAUGAUGAGUGAGAAAUUAAGAGGCACAAAGAUCAUGAUCUUUAUUCCUGAUUUUUGGGGGUAUUUCAUUUUUUAUUUAACUAGGCAAGUCAGUUAAGAACAAAUUCUUAUUUACAAUGAUGGCCUACCCCGGCCAAACCCUAACCCGGACGACACUGGGCAAAUUGUGCACUGCCCUAUGGGACUCCCAAUCAUGGCCGGUUGUGAUACAGCCUGGAAUCAAACCAGGGUCUGUAGUGACACCUCUAGCACUGAGAUGCAGUGCCUUGGACCACUGUGCCACUCAGGAGCCCAAAAUAGUAUAAUAUGAUCAUCAUUAUUCAUGAUUAUCUGUAAUCAUGGUAGAAUCCACAUUAGUGUUCAGAAACAUUCUAUUCUUUUUUACCAUAAGUGACUAUACAUUAUUCACCAUUCACUUCCUUUUGGGCAAAACAAUCUGACACACAACCAAAACAAACUGCAUAUGCAUCCAACAAGUUUGUAGAGUCACAAGCUUGAUGUAGUCAUUGUGUGCUAGGAAUAUGGGACCAAGUACUUAUUACUUUUUCAAAUGGGUGGACUAGAUGCAAAAAAUGCCUUCCUUUCUAAACAAUAAAACAUAUUUAUGAAAA